AUGCAAAUUGACGAAUUGCAGGACCUAAUUGAAGAGAAUGAGGGGAGUAAAGUGGAGGAACAUCAUGUCAAAACUGAGGAAAAAACUCAUUUACAGACUGAUGGUAUUUUGAAAAGGAGAGACAAGAAUCGUUUCACCUGCACUCAGUGUGGAAAGAGUUUUGGAAGAAAAGACACUCUUAAAAUUCACAUGAUGAUCCACACUGGAGAGAGACCAUUCACAUGCACUCAGUGUGGGAAGAGUUUCAGCCAAUCAUCAUCCCUUAAUCUACACAUGAUGAACCACACUGGAGAGAAACCAUUCACAUGUCUUCAAUGUGGAAAGAGUUUCAGCCAAUCAUCAUCCCUUAUUCUACACAUGAGGAUCCACACUGGAGAGAAACCAUUCACAUGCACUCAGUGUGGGAAGAGUUUCAACUGCUCAUCACACCUUAAUCUACACAUGAGGAUCCACAAUAGAGAGAAACCAUUCACAUGCGCUCAGUGUAGAAAGAGUUUCAGCCAAUCAUCAAACUUUCAUCAACACAUGAGGAUCCACACUGGAGAGAAACCAUUCACAUGCACUCAGUGUGGGAAGAGUUUUAACAGCUCAUCACACCUUAAUCAACACAUGAGGAUCCACACUGGAGAGAAACCAUUCACAUGCACUCAUUGUGGGAAGAGUUUCAACCAAUCAUCAUCUCUUUAUCUACACAUGAGGAUCCACACUGGAGAGAAACCAUUCACAUGCACUCAGUGUGGGAAGAGUUUCAGCCAAUUAUCAUCUCUUAAUCAACACAUGUGGAUCCACACUGGAGAGAAACCAUUCACAUGCACUCAGUGUGGGAAGAGUUUCAUCCGCUCAUCAUCCCUUAAUCAACACAUGUGGAUCCACACUGGAGAGAAACCAUUCACAUGCACUCAGUGUGGGAAGAGUUUCAGCCAAUCAACACACCUUGAUGAACACAAGAAGAUCCACACAGGAGAGAAACCAUUCACAUGCACUCAGUGUGGGAAGAGUUUUAACAGCUCAUCAAACCUUAAUUUACACAUGAAGAUCCACACUGGAGAGAAACCAUUCACAUGCACUCAGUGUGGGAAGAGUUUCAGCCGAUCAUCAUCCCUUAAUCUACACAUGAAGAUCCUAACUGGAGAGAAACCAUUCUCUUGCACUUAAGCCGCGGUCACACUGGACUUUUCUCCCCAUAGACUUCCAUUCAUACGCAUGCGAAUACAUCAGACCGGAAACCUAGUUUGUGCAUCAAAUUUCGGAGUUCACUGCCUUGCAAAGUUCAAGCUUGGUGAACUGUGACCUGGGAAAUCGCAUCACUUGACUGUUUGAGACCAAUCGAAGAUCAAAACAUGACCUCUCUGUAUGGAAAUGUAAAAUAUGGACCAAUCGCUCACUUUUUUUAAUGUCUACUCAUCCUGUUUAAUCCCGCCCCUUUUCGCAGUGCCAUACAGCAGAAUUUCGCAUGCUCAAACUCUAGCUUCGUUUUGGGAUGAGUUUCAGCAAAUCCUCAGACCUUCAUAAACUCAUAAAGACCCACACUGGAGAGAAACCGUUCACAUUCAUUUAGUGUGGGAAGAGUUUCAACUGAUCAGCAAUCCUUAAUGAACACAUGAAGAUCCACACUGGUGUGAAAGAGUAUAUGUGCUUGAGUGUGAGAGGACUUUUAUUACAGCUCUAAAAUUGAAACUGCACCAGACAAUUCACACUGGAGAGACCGUACAAGUGUUCACACUGUGACAAGAGGUUUAAUCAUUGAACACAUCUGAAAACAGAGGAGGAUUCACACUGGAGAGAAACUGUACAGAUCAAUGUCUACAGAGUUUCGCUCAUUUGGCGCAGCUUAAGAAACACAUGGACAUAAAGUUGCACACAUGAUAUGAAUGCAGCAAAACAAUGAAUGAAUUGGCAGCGUCAGCUUGCACACCUGAUGCUUGUCAGAAUCAGAAAGAGCUUUAUUGCCAGAUAUGUUCACACAUACGAGGAAUUUGUUUUCGUGAGAGAGCUUCUACAGUCCAACAGGAUAACAGAGACAGGACAAAAAACAGAUAAUAAAUAUAUUUUAAAAAAUUAGAAGUAAAUAGGGAGUGCAAAUAUACAAAUUGUUGCAAUCAAUUUGGCAAUAAAAUCACAGCGAAAGCAAGAUGAGGCAUCCUUUUCGCUUCAGAGACUUCUACAGCCUUCUGAGAGAGUCGAUGAGGGUUCCUCCUGCUGAUAUCCAGCAAUUUUGAGCGAACGAGAAUGGUCUCCCAGUCCAGAGUGUGUACAUGAGGUGGCAGACGGUUGAGCUGGGCUUCUCCCUUGCCUGGCGUUCUUUGGGUCCGGUCCUCCAGAGCGGUGCGUACAAAGUUGCAAAUUUUCUAAAAGAGCAACACAGUCGUGCAGCACGUCCUUUUCAGAAGCCGCAUGUCUCAGAUCGCCCGCCGUCUGCUCCUUUGGAGUCAUACGCAGCUGAAAUUGAUGCGCGCCAUUCACAGUCCAGGCAAGCUCAACCGUGCAGCCGACGCGUGCUCACGGCAGCCUUUACGUCCCGGAGAAUGGAGACUCCACCCCGAGUCGGUUUAGCUGAUAUGGGCACGAUUCGGGGAAGCCCAGAUCGGUCUGUUAGCUUUCCCUGAGAAUGCUCAUUGCCAGUAGUUUUUUUCCCUGACCGAGGGCUCUCUCAGCACGGAUGCACUGGCCCACAGCGGGCCUCUGGGCAUAAGCAAAUAUGCGUUUCCUCCAGUGAGCCUGCUUGUGCAGUUACUGUGCAAGGUCAGGGAGGACGAGGAGCAGGUCUUGCUAGUUGCGCCCCCCUGGCCCAACCAGACCUGGAUGCCAAACCUGGAUAGUGGAUGCCAUCUCUCUUGCUUACCUGAGCCUGGGUGAGUCGUGUCCCCCAGGAGUGCGUGCGCACUCCACUCGGAGCAUCGCAUCCUCUUGGGCGCGUGCACACGGCACCUCUCUAACAGACAUCUGUAGAGCUGCGGGCUGGGCGACACCUAAUACAUUUGCAAGGUUUUACAAUCUGCGAGUGGAGCCGGUUUCCUCAAGGGUAUUAGGUAACCCUUGGUGAUUGAGGAAACAACUCUGUUAAGGUGUUGAAACACGCCAUUCUCCCUAACACAGAGAUACGUGCGCUUAUUCCCCGCUUAGGUGAGCCCUGCAGAUUCCUCCAAGGCCCCCAUCACUGACUCAGCGGAGGAGUCACUAGCUGGCCCAUUACAUUGUAGGUCUGCCCUCUGGUCAGCCCACAUUUUGGGUAUAGGUGCCCGCUAUGCGUGAUCCCCACUAGGCGAUUAUUCAGCCACGAUGCAGUCCCCCACUCACAGGUCCGCACAGGUCUUGCCUCUCUGCUAAUCAUCUUAUUAUAUGCGUACUCCCCCUUCUCAGGGCUAGUCCAUAUAUUCUGCCAUCAUCUCCCCAUUUGGGAAGCAAGUGGCCUCCGCAACAUCCUCCCCUUCGGGACUGCACGAUUUCCCAAUGUACCGUCGUAUUCAAUUCCUAGAAUUAUCUAGAUGCUUACGGCUCCUGAAAAAUCUAUAUCUAAAUCCGUAAAUCUUCUUUGAAGUGGGAUAAGUAAGGGCCAGGGAUCACGUUGGAAGACCGCGCCUCUCUAUGAUGCAGGCACGCUCACGCUAUGCCUGGCUAUCCUCUCAUCAGAGGGGAAGGUAAGGUGCAGUUAUUAUGGCGUUUUCCAGACAUUUCCCCAUACGUGGCUUAAAAAUCCACUAUAGCAUUGAAGUUCCCCAUCCAAAGGGGAACGCUCUGGUUACUAAAGUAACCUCGGGGAACGGAAACGCUAUAUUGCAUCGCCAUAAUGAUUGUUCCUUAGCCGUAGAUAUCAGUCUCUUCGGCUUAAAAAGGAUGCCUCAUCUUGCUUUUGCUGUGGUUUUAUGCUAAAUUGAUUGCAACAAGCAUCACUGACACUGCCAGUUCCUUUGGCAUUUCAUUGGCCCGUUUACAUACUCUUUCAGAUGAUUGGCUUUCUGAAUGAAAUCCCCAUACGUGGAUUAAAAAUCCACUAUAGCAUUUCCGUUCCCCUCCUCGGGGAAUGAGGGUUACUUUAGUAAUCAGAGCAUUUUCCAACACUCCUACACUGCAGUAGGUGGGGUUGUAAAUGUGUUGCGCUCCUUGCAUUUGCCGUAAACACAAUGAUGGUGGCUGAGAGAAGAACAGUUUCAUAAACAUCUGGCAAACAGCACCUAUGCAGCUUAAAAUCUCUUUGCAAGUGAUUGUACAGGUGUGGAUACAUCUCUACUCGACUCUCCAGUGUAUUCAUGUAGCUAGUAUUGUUUUGGAUUAUACUCUCUGUCUGACUCCCUAAAUGAGAAACAAAUCACUGGCAUGACACCGCACGACAGAGAAGGUGGAGCUCCAGGAUGGUUAGUUUGCAGUAUACCAGGGCCUCAAGUUAAGAAAGCCCAUUCAAUUGUCCUGUGUUGCAUCUUUUAUUAGUAACGUUUCUUUAUUUUUGGGUUCAAGAUUAUUUCUAGUUUACUACAUUUACUUUUUUGAGUAGAAUACAAACUUGAUGAAUAUUUUAUGAUUUAGGCAGAGCAACAGGUAUGAAGUUUUACAAUAUUAAUACACUGUGAUUAUCCCAAGACUCCAGAUUGUGGUAAAUACUGAUUGGAUGCCUGCAUUACUCAUCAAUGGGUAUAUAAAAGUUGUUGCGCCAGCUACCCCAGGAUAGUUUUGUUUUGCAUUACUUAUAUCAUGUAGUUAAAGUGUUGUUGUGAUUAUAUACUAAGUUCUUUGUCUUCAUUAUUAUCUAUAGACAUUUGUUGGUUGUUUUUGUUGUUCUAUGAGUUAAAUUUUAUAAUAAAUAUUUUGCAUUCAG